CCCUCCGCCCCCUCCCCUCCCCUGCCGGCGAGGGGCGGGAGGGGGCGUGGCGGCCCGGGGUUGUGUGGCUGGGACCCGGCUCCCCGCACUCGGAGUCCGCGCGAGGAGCCGGGCCCCGGCCGCUGUCCAGCCGCUCCGCGCCCCGCGCGGCCGCCGCGCGCCAUGGAUACUCCGCGGGUGCUGCUCUCGGCCGUCUUCCUCAUCAGCUUCCUGUGGGAUCUGCCCGGCUUCCAGCAGGCUUCCAUCGCCUCCUCGUCCUCCUCGUCCUCCUCGUCCGUCGAGCUGGGCUCCACCAAAAGCGUGAGGAGCCGCAAGGAAGGGAAGGUGCCGAGGGAGAGCGCGGCGGGCCGGGCGCCCCAGGAGCGCCGGGAGCCCCAGCCCGGGCGGCCGCGGGACGAGCCCGGGGCUCAGGAGCCGGCCGGCCGGGCACCUCGCGUGGUGCCCCACGAGUACAUGCUGUCCAUCUACAGGACUUACUCCAUCGCCGAGAGGCUGGGCAUCAACGCCAGCUUCUUCCAGUCUUCCAAGUCGGCGAACACGAUCACGAGCUUUGUGGACCGGGGACUGGACGAUCUCUCACACACUCCUCUCCGGAGACAGAAGUAUUUGUUUGAUGUGUCCACGCUUUCAGACAGAGAAGAGCUGGUGGGCGCGGAGCUGCGGCUCUACCGCCAGGCGCCCGCUGCGCCCUGGAGGCCACCGACCGGGCCGCUGCGCGUGCAGCUGUCGCGCUGCCUGUCGCCAGAGCUGCUGGACGCGCGCACCCUGGACCCGCAGGGGGCGCCCCCCGCCGGCUGGGAAGUCUUCGACGUGUGGCGCGUUCUGCGCCACCAUCCCGGGCAGCAGCUGUGCUUGGAGCUGCGGGUCGCGGGGGUCCAGCCGGACGCCGAGGAGAUCCAGGCGCACCCGCGGGGACCCCAGCAGCCGCCGCCUCCGGACCUGCGGAGUCUGGGCUUCGGCCGGAGGGUGCGCGCCCCGCAGGAGCGCGCCCUGCUCGUGGUAUUCACCCGAUCGCAGCGCAAGAACCUGUUCGCCGAGAUGCGCGAGCAGCUGGGCUCGGCCGAGACUGCGGGCCCCGAGGGGUCCUGGCCGCCGCCGUCGGGCGCCCCGGAUGCCGGGCCGUGGCUGCCCUCGUCCGGCCGGCGACGACGGCGCACGGCUUUCGCCAGCCGCCACGGCAAGCGGCACGGCAAGAAGUCGAGGCUGCGCUGCAGCAAGAAGCCCCUGCACGUGAACUUCAAGGAGCUGGGCUGGGACGACUGGAUCAUCGCGCCGCUGGAGUACGAGGCCUAUCACUGCGAGGGCGUGUGCGACUUCCCGCUGCGCUCGCACCUGGAGCCCACCAACCACGCCAUCAUCCAGACGCUGAUGAACUCCAUGGAUCCCGGCUCCACGCCGCCCAGCUGUUGCGUGCCCACUAAAUUGACUCCCAUCAGCAUCCUGUACAUCGACGCGGGCAACAACGUGGUCUACAAGCAGUACGAGGACAUGGUGGUGGAGUCCUGCGGCUGCAGGUAGCGGUUCCUUCCCCGCCGCCUUGGCCCCGGACCGCAGGGAGGCCUGACUGCAGCGAGGCGAGGAGGGGAGCGGGCCUUGGAGAGGCUGAGGGGGGUGGGGGGCGGUGGCGGCCUGGACGGGAGUGCGGGUGGGAGAGGAGGGGCACAGCCGGCCCGGACCCUCCACCUGCCAGCCGGCCCCGGGAGGUGCGGAUCCGCGCUCUGCCUGGACAGCCCCGAGCGACAAGAGGAGGAUGUCUUUCGUCCCCCCCCCCCCGCCUUUAUUAUUAUUGUGGCUUUGGAUUUCUUUGUGUGACUCACAGGUUUUGAUGGGAGGUGGGGGAAGGGAGACGCAUACCUGUUUCUCAACUACUCCAUGAACUGGAAAAAAAAAAAGCUUAAAAAGGGAAACAAUGUGGGAGGAAAAAAAAUCAAUCAGCACAUGUUGGCCUGGUUGUUUCCACUUCUGUAAGAAGGUGGGAUCCUCGCAGCCCUGUCACAGCCCCUGUCUCACGACUGGCAGGGAGUGUCAGCGCAUGAACAGGGAAGCCCGCAAGGGUCCCGCGUUUGACGCUUUUGGGAGAGGUGGGCCGGGCCCUGCCCCUCAUCCGUGUGUUCCCAGGACUUACCACCUCUGCCCUGGCUUCUCCGGAGGGCUCCCAUCUCUCCAACCUUCACUGUGGCUUUUUCUGGUGGGGGAAAAGGGAGUUGGUAUGGAUGGAGAGCCUGCGGAGCCCCCUGGAGGAUAAUAAGAACCCGCAAGGUUACCUCUGACAGGCUGCGGUGGCCCAGGCUGCAGGGAGCCCACCCCGAAGCUCUGAGUUGUCUGUUUCUAAUUGCUUUCUUUCAACAGAUUUUGUCAAAAUUAAAACAUCUCCUUCUAAGGGGAUGGUGAUUUUCUAAUUUUAAAAAAAUGGAUAGAAGUGGGGAACUAUUUAAUUAAGGGAAGAGGUAUAGACCUAAGAGGGAAAAAGGAUCCAAGAAGUAGAGAGCCACAAGGGCAGGGGAGGACGGGCGGGGGCGGG